UCUAAAGACCUAAAUUGGAAUUGGAGUCCUUAACUUGAAUGAAGGAAACAUUCUCAAAUGAAGAAGGAUCUUUAUGGAUCAGUGCUUCUCUGGCAUUAUGUGGAAUAUGGACUUGUGGUUAGCCAGAGCCCUCUUCCAUACUCAUUGGAUUACUUGUUGUCCCCUAGACUUUCCUGCCACUGAAAUGGAUGGCUCCAGAGAGCAUCUUCAACAGCCUGUAUACCACCUUGAGUGAUGUGUGGUCCUUUGGUAUCCUUCUCUGGGAGAUCUUCACCCUAGGUGGCACCCCUUACCCAGAGUUACCCAUGAAUGAGCAGUUCUAUAAUGCCAUCAAGCGAGGUUACCGUAUGGCCAAGCCCACCCAUGCCUCAGAAGAAAUCUAUGAAAUCAUGCAGAAGUGCUGGGAGGAGAAAUUUGAGAUUCGACCUUCCUUCUCUCAGCUGGUCAUUCUGAUGGAGGGCCUUCUGGGGGAGGGCUACAAGAAG